UGUCGGUCCAGCAAACACUUCGUACGGACUGGGAACCAUCUGACUGAGACAUGGGGUGUAGGCUCCCUAAGCUGCGAAAGGCAGAGGAGAGGCGAAGCCCAGGAAAUAUCUACUCCACCCUCAGACGACCUCAGGUGGAGACUAAAGUGGGUGUGGCAUACACCUACCACUUCCUGGAUUUCCUGUUGGGGAAAGAAGAGGUGCCGGUGUCCUCGGUGCUGUGUCUGUCCUCGGUCAGAGAGCUACCGGUUCAGGUGAGGGAACUCUACGCGCAGGGUUUCGUCCUGGUCGCCGUCCACCCGUUUGUUCACCCCUGCGGCCCUCGCCACGCACACAUCCAGCGCCAGCUUCACCGGGCCGUGCUGGUCCGAGAGACGCCAAGUUCAGAGAAGAGCCAACUGAGGUGGGCAGGUCAUCGUCUGGAGACAGAUGUGUGUGUGGCGGGUCACCAGGCUGCUGACCCAGAGGUGAUCCAGAGCUACGUCAAGAGGAUCCAGGAUGUAGCGGAGCAAGGGGUGAUGUUCGUGGGCUUUCUCCAGCAGCCAGGUGGCGGACCCUGCUUCUUGGGGAACUGGGACCCCGAGGAGCUGUCAUCCUUACAUUCAAGCCCUUCGCCUAUACAUCGAGACCCCUUCAGCGCCAACACCAGCCCAACAGAUCCAACAGAAGCACAUCAAAAUGGCGUAGAACCUCUGCAUCACCCCUUUGAACCUCAAGAGUUAGAUCUUGAAAAUGUAGACUGUAGCACACAGCCUUCGGUGCCCAGAGAACCAGACUUCAACCCUCUGAAACCCACCCAGAGUUCAGAGCUCAACACAGAGGAGUCUAAUGAACCGACCUCACAGAUCGGUUUCAAAGAGUCACUAGAAUCAACCAACCAACCUCAAAAUCACAGUAAACCUGGUGUGGACGCACUUCAGUGGUGUCCAAUCAGACAGCAGGAGCGCGGUCGGCCAGAGCACAAAGAAUCUACAGAGAAACUAUUUCACCUUCCAAACCAGAGAGAAAGACGAGGUUCGAGCUCGGACAGCUGGCACAGCUCUCCGGAACUGGAUCACAACCACGCAAAGAGGUCCAGCUCUGUCUGUGCACAUGGACAAAGCAGAGUCACAACACACAACAACAACAACCACAUUCGGCUCAAGGGUUCAGAGAAAGAUAAGAACACGACUUCACCCCCACCGCAGGGUAGGAUGCAGCUCUUUGCCCUGUACAACCACACAGGGGAGCUGAACACUGCUCUGAGGUUCUACUCGCUGAGGGUGCCACUUCGAGUACAAAAGGAAGCGGGGCUCAUCACGGAAGUCGACGCGCACUGGCUUGACCACAUGACUCAGCAUUUCACCAGCGGCGCGCACCUCAUCGACGGGUUCUUCCACCUUGGGGACGACAACGACAAUGGGGUUUCAUCUGUGGACGGUGUGUUCAUCUUCCAGAGCUCUGCAGAGGAGACCACAAACGCGUCCUAUGAUGCCAUCGUGGUUGAGCAGUGGACCGUUGUUGAUGGUGUGGUGGUGAAGACAGACUACAUCCCAUUGCUCCAGUCUUUAGCUCCAUAUGGAUGGAGGUUAAUGUGUGUGUUACCUACACCAAUUGUCAAGACCAACAGUGACGGGAGUUUGUCGACCAAGCAAAUCCUCUUCCUUCAGAGACCCGUUUUGCAACGCAAGAGAAAAGACUUCAAGAUGCUGAGCCUCAGGGGUCGCAGCAAGGCAAAGAAAAACUCUACAGGAGAAGAGGAGAGAGAGAACAGGUCCCCCGCGAUGGAGGCCGAGAUGGACAGGUUGAGAAGUAACACAAAAGAGGAGGAAGAGGAAGAAGCAGCAGAGGCGAGGAAGAGCAGGGGUAGUGGAAGGAGCGAAAGGGCAAGCCUUCAGGAAGGUGGAGAGGAGAGGGAAGAGGAUGCACGGCAUCAAAAGGGCCCCUUGUUCCUAUCAGGGAGCAGCGUUUCUCUUGAAGACCAGGAGGAGGAAACUGACAUUGACAAGAUCCUUCUGUCAGCGCAGGAGAAGUCGGUGAGGUGGACAGAUGUGUGUCAGAGAGAUGACGGAGUGGUCAAGGAGGAGGUGAAAACGGAAGAGCGGAUCAAACACCAGCUGUUUUCUGGCGUCUGUUGACACAUUGGGCACAAGGCAGGGGAAGGGAAGCUGAAACCUGGUUAGUUUAUCAAAAAAGUCUUUUAAAAGUGUUUUGUUGAUCUGGAUUUUUAGGUCCUCUGUGGGUUCCAGAUGUGGUCAUAUAUAGUGUAUUUACAUCACAUACUGUUGCUCACGCUUCAGUCUGCUCUGUUUAGGACGCGAGUCUUUGAGGUUGUAGCUCCCGUAAAUUGGGAGAGUGUUGUGCAGUUUUUCUGCUUUGGGUCAAUGUUACUAUUUGAUGUGUCUUAAUAUGAAAUGAAAUGAGACUGUACAGGACAAUACAGUAGAACCCAGAAGCGGAGGAAGUAUCCAGUCUAAGC